AUGUCUAUCAUUUUGAUUAUGGGCAUACCAGCGGCGGGAAAGUCUUCUUUGAUCUCUGAGCUUCGACAGACUAGAGAUUGUCAUAUUUUUUCUUGGGAUCACCUCGUUGGGCACAAAGUUCAACAAUUCGAGGCUCAUAAGGCUAGAAAGCAGUUCGAAAAUCAAAUCCGCCAAUUCUUAGAGACAAUUGAGUCGAAGCCUAUCGUUUUAAUCGAAGAUAAUUUUUAUCUUCAAAGUAUGAGACGUCCUUUUGAGCGAAUGGCCAGGAAGUAUGGGCUGUCCUAUAUGGUCGUUCACCUCUCGUGUGCUCUAGACGAAGCAUUAACACGCAAUUCUCGGAGGGAUGACUUAGAACGGGUUGAUAAAGAGAGUAUCCGAAAGAUCUACAAAGAAAUUGAAGUUCCUGAUGAUGCGUACCUAUUUACGACCAUUGAGGAUUUGAACAAACAGAUCGACCAGUUGAAUGAAUUAAGUAAAACACUUGUUGCGUCCCGCGAUGUGCCAAGUAGCCAGGAGGGCGCUUCGCCACCUUCUACUUUGGCUUUAUUCGAGAAAUCAGUCCGUCAGUUAAUUGGCGAUUUGGUAAAAGAGGGAUAUGAUGGUCGAAGAUUAAGCGUGGCGAAGAAGCUGGUAAUGGAGGAAGUGAGAAAAAUGAGUGACCAACAGGCUUUGUCUGUUGACUUCUCACGCGAUCUACUUUUUCAAUACUAUUGGUGCGUACUUGUUGGUAGAAGUCUAUGGACUGAGCGUGUACUUCAAUCUUUUCUUUAA